AUGGGUAUCUCCAUUGACAAUGGUGAUGCUCUUUUCCUAUUUAUAUACAUGUAUAUAUUAAUGAACGCGGGUCUUCCUGGCAUUCUAGGUGAUAGUUUAUUCUUAAUGGAACUUUGGAUAUUGCUUAUUGAUUCCUCGAUGAAGAUACCGUUCAAUCGCUGCAUUAGAGAUGGAGAUUUUUUUAUUGUAUAUGAGAGGCAUGAUACCAUGAAAGCUGUUAAAGUGUGCGAGAAUUCGGUUCUUCAAAUUCGUUUCGGUGUAUUUAAACAUUCAGAUUGGAUCGGGAAGCCAUUUGGUUCCAUAAUUUUCAGCAACAGAGGUGGGUUCGUUUACGUAUUGGCUUCGACACCGGAGUUAUGGACUUUGGUUCUAAGUCAUAGGACUCAGAUUCUUUAUAUUGCGGAUAUUAGCUUUGUGAUUAUGUACUUGGAAGUAGUUCAGGGUUGUUUGGUUCUUGAAUCCGGGACUGGUAGUGGCUCAUUAACAACAUCGUUUGCAAGGGCUGUGGCGCCAACAGGACAUGUGUAUACCUUUGAUUUCCAUUAA